ACCCUUCGAGCCUCUGCUUUCCCAUCUCUGCAAUGGGCCUAUGGCGGCCACCUUGCAGGGCUGACUUGCGAGUCACUGAGUUGGUGCUUAAAAAGAGCCGAGAGAGGGCCAGGCUUUUCGGUCCCUGGAAUGGGGUGCUGGGGAGGCAGCGCAGACCCUGUUGGUGGGAGGCCGGGGCGCGAGCUGGGUUUUGUCGCUCACCCCAAGUCCCCCUUUGGUAAGGGAGAAAGUUGGGACCACUGGUGAGCGCAGGCUGGAUAUGAGAUGCUGUGAGAUGCACAGCCGGCCACCACUUGCUGUCAGAGACUAGCAUACGUUACUUGAGCACCUGCUAUAUACUGAGACUAUUCUAAGGACCUGCUGUUAUCUCAGAGCCACUCUUACCGGCUCCAUUUUACAGAUGAAGAAACUGAGGCCCUGAGAGGUGACAUCCCUUGCCCAAGUGUUCAAACCCGACAGCCUCUGCUAAUGUCCAGGGGCCCGGAUGAGUCACGUCAACCCCCACGCCCAUUGCUGAGGGCGCCAGAUCCCUGGUGGUUGGGGAAGCCGAGGUUCUGAGUGCGGACACUUCCUAAAUGAAGUGGCGGCCGGGAGGGUGCAGGGGGGCAGACAGAGCUGGGGGAUCCCUCAGCAAGCCCAGCUCAGCUGAAGGGCCCAGGGCCCAGGUGACAGCCCCUGCCCCCAGCCGCUCCGAAGGCAUGAGCAGCAUCUUCAGUGGGCAUAGCCCGGGACCCAGGAGGCCCAAGGAGCUGGAGGUGACCCUGAGGCAGCAAGACCCCCGAGGAAGGGUGCGAGGCUCGCAGACGACUGUGUGGCACCCCAGGCUGGGCUCCUGUUAGGAGGGGGUGGCUGUGCCCAGGCUGUGGCACAGAGGCAGCUGCUCCAUGCAGAACUGAAGCUGGUCCUGCAGCAGAAGGGAGAGAGGAAGCGGGCGCCCGGGGCCCACGCGACUCCCAGCAGCGCCAUGGAGGCCCGGAGCCGGAGCGCCGAGGAGCUGAGGCGGGCGGAGUUGGUGGAGAUCAUCGUGGAGACGGAGGCGCAGACGGGGGUCAGCGGCAUCAACGUGGCGGGCGGCGGCAAGGAGGGCAUCUUCGUCCGCGACCUGCGCGAGGACUCGCCCGCCGCCAGGAGCCUCAGCCUGCAGGAAGGGGACCAGCUGCUGAGCGCCCGCGUGUUCUUCGAGAACUUCAAGUACGAGGACGCGCUACGCCUGCUGCAAUGCGCCGAGCCUUACAAGGUCUCCUUCUGCCUGAAGCGCACUGUGCCCACCGGGGACCUGGCGCUGCGGCCCGGGACCGUGGCCGGCUACGAGAUCAAGGGCCCGCGGGCCAAGGUGGCCAAGCUGAACAUCCAGAGUCUGUCCCCUGUGAAGAAGAAGAAGAUGGUGGUGCCCGGGGCCCUGGGGUCCCCUGCAGACCUGGCCCCCAUUGAUGUCGAAUUCUCCUUCCCCAAGUUCUCCCGUCUGCGUCGGGGCCUCAAAGCCGAGGCUGUCAAGGGUCCUGUCCCAGCCGCCCCCACCCGCCGGCGCCUCCAGCUGCCUCGGCUGCGCGUCCGAGAAGUGGCGGAGGAGGCCCAGGCAGCCCGGCUGGCCGCUGCCGCUCCUCCCCCCAGGAAAGCCAAAGAGGAGGCCGAGGUGGCAGCGGGAGCCCGUUUCACGGCCCCCCAGGUGGAGCUGGUUGGGCCCCGGCUGCCCGGCGCUGAAGUGGGUGUCCUCCAGGUCUCAGCCCCCAAGGGGCCGCGGGAGGUGGCCCCCGCAGCGGAGGCAGUCAGCGGCUUUGCCCUCCACCUGCCGACCCUUGGGCUGGGAGCCCCAGCUCCGCCUCCUGUGGAGCCCGCGGCCGUGGGGAUCCAGGUCCCCCAAGUGGAGCUGCCUCCCUUGCCCUCGCUACCCACUCUGCCCACACUUCCAUGCCUGGAGACCCGGGAAGGGGCCAUGGCGGUGGUGGUGCCCACUCUGGAAGUGGCAGCACCUUCAGUGGGGGUGGACCUGGCCUUGCCGGGCGCAGAGGUGGCGGCUCCAGCAGAGGCACCUGAGGUGGCCCUGAAGAUGCCCCGUCUCAGUUUCCCACGCUUUGGGGCUCGAGCAAAGGAAGUUCCUGAGGCCAAGGUGGCCAAGGGCAUCCCCGAGGCCAAGGUGAAGGGGCCCAGGCUUCGGAUGCCCACCUUCGGGCUUUCUCUCCUGGAGCCCCGGCCCGCUGCCCCUGAAGCCGUUGUCGAGAGCAAGCUGAAGCUGCCCACCAUCAAGAUGCCCUCCCUUGGCAUUGGGGUCUCGCCGCCUGACGUCAAGGUACCCAAGGCGCCUGAGGUGAAGCUCCCCAAAGUGCCCGAGGCGGCCCUUCCAGAAGUGCGACUCCCAGAGGUGGAGCUCCCAAAAGUGUCGGAGAUGAAACUCCCAAAGGUGCCAGAGAUGGCGGUGCCAGAGGUUCGACUCCCAGAGGUGCAGCUGCCGAAGGUGCCCGAGAUGAAGCUCCCUAAGGUGCCUGAGAUGGCCGUGCCAGAGGUUCGACUCCCAGAGGUGCAGCUGCCAAAGGUCCCCGAGAUGAAGCUCCCAAAGGUGCCCGAGAUGGCUGUGCCAGAGGUUCGACUCCCAGAGGUGCAGCUGCCAAAAGUCCCUGAGAUGAAGCUCCCAAAGGUGCCCGAGAUGAAGCUCCCGAAGGUGCCCGAGAUGGCCGUGCCAGAGGUUCGACUCCCAGAGGUACAGCUGCCAAAAGUCCCUGAGGUGAAGCUGCCCGAGAUGAAACUCCCAAAGGUGCCCGAGAUGAAGCUCCCGAAGGUGCCCGAGAUGGCCGUGCCGGAGGUUCAGCUCCCGGAGGUACAGCUGCCGAAAGUCCCCGAGAUGAAGCUCCCGAAGGUGCCAGAGAUGGCCGUGCCAGAGGUUCGACUCCCGGAGGUACAGCUGCCAAAAGUCUCAGAGAUGAAGCUCCCGAAGAUGCCAGAGAUGGCCGUGCCGGAUGUGCAACUCCCAGAGGUGCAGCUGCCAAAAGUCCCAGAGAUGAAAGUCCCCGAGAUGAAGCUCCCGGAGUUAAAACUCCCCAAGGUGCCCGAGAUGGCCGUGCCGGACGUGCGCCUCCCAGAGGUGCAGCUGCCAAAGGUGUCGGAGAUGCGGCUGCCAGAAGUGCGGGCGCCAAAGAUCCCAGAGGUGCAUCUUCCGAAGCCCCCCGAGGUGAAGCUGCCCAAGGCUCCAGAGGGGCAGCUCAAAGCGUCUGGGGCGGAGCAGGCAGAGGGGAUGGAAUUUGGCUUCAAGAUGCCCAAGGUGACCAUGCCCAAGCUAGGGAGGGCGGGGUCCCCAUCACGAGGCAAGCCAGGCGAGGCAGGGGCUGAGGGCUCGGGGAAGCUGGUGACACUCCCCUGUCUGCAGCCAGAGGUGGGCAGCGAGGCUCGCGUGGGGGUCCCCUCUCUCACACUGCCCUCAGUGGAGCUGGACCUGCCACGGGCUCUCAGCCUGGAGGGGCAGGUCCCAGCAGCAGAAGCGGGCAAGGCGGAGCGGGCAGAGGGCCCCGGGGUGGCAGCAGGGGUCGGGGAAGGGGCCUUCCGGAUGCCGACUGUUGAGAUCGUCACUCCACAGCUGCCCACCGUGGAGGCUGGGGAAGGGCGGCCGGAGGUGACAGAGAUGAAAGGCAAGCCAGCCUCCAAGUUCUCCCUGCCCAAGUUUGGACUCUCGGGGCCAAAGGUGGCAAAGGCAGAGGCUGAGGGGGCCGGGCGGGCCACCAAGAUGAAGGUGUCCAAGUUUGCCCUCUCCCUCCCCAAGGCUCGGGCCGGGACUGAGGCUGAGGCCAAAGGGGCAGGCGAGGCGGGCCUGCUGCCCGCCCUCGAUCUGUCCAUCCCGCAGGUCAGCCUGGAUGCCCAUCUGCCCUCGGGCAAGGUGGAGGUGGCCGGGGCUGACGUGAAGCUCAAGGGGCCCAGGUUCGCCCUGCCCAAGUUUGGGGUCAGAGGCCGGGACACCGAGGCGGGAGAAUUAGUGCCGGGGGUGGCCGAGCUGGAGGGCAAGGGCUGGGGUUGGGAUGGGAGGGUGAAGAUGCCCAAGCUGAAGAUGCCCUCCUUUGGACUGACUCGAGGAAAGGAAGCAGAAAUCCAGGGUGAGCGUGUCAGCCCUGGAGAAAAGUCAGAGUCCACGGCGGGGCAGCUGAAGAUCCCCGAGGUGGAGCUAGUCACGCUGGGGGCCCAGGAGGAAGGGGGCGCCGAGGGGGCAGUGGCUGUCAGUGGAGUACGGCUUUCAGGCCUGCAAGCAUCCACGACCAGGCAAGUGGGCACUGAGGGCCAGGACGGGGGGCUGAGGAUGCCCCUGGGCAUCUCCCUGCCCCAGGUGGAGCUGGCCAGCUUUGGGGAGGCCACCCCGGGGCAGCAGGCCGAGAGUGCAGCCCCUCCAGCAGAGGGCACGGCAGGCUCCAGGGUCCACGUGCCUCAGGUGACCUUGUCUCUGCCUGGAGCCCAGGCGGCGGGCGGUGAGCUCUUGGUGGGUGAGGGCGUCUUCAAGAUGCCUGCAGUGACAGUGCCCCAACUUGAGUUGGACGUGGGGCUGAGCCGAGAGGCGCAGGUGGGUGAGGCAGCCACAGGCGAAGGUGGGCCGAGGCUGAAGAUGCCCACGCUGGGGGCCAGAGCUGGGGCUGGGGGAGAGCGGCCUGGGGACCAGUCCCCGGGGGCUGAGCGCACCUUCCAUCUCUCGCUGCCCGACGUGGAGCUCUCGCCACCCGCCGUGGGCAGCCAUGCCGAGUACCAGGUGGCAGAGGGUGAGGGGGAUGCUGGACACAAGCUCAAGGUGCGGCUGCCCCGGUUUGGCCUGGCGCGGGCCAAGGACGGGGUUGAGGAGGGCGAGAAGGCCAAGAGCCCCAAACUCAGGCUGCCCCGCGUGGGCUUCAGCCAGAGCGAGGCGGUCCCCGGGGAGGGCUCCCCCAGCCCAGAGGAGGAGGAAGAGGAGGGCAGCGGGGAAGGGGCCUCCGGGCGCCGAGGCCGCGUCCGAGUCCGCUUGCCCCGUGUGGGCCUGGCUAGCCCUUCCAAGGCCUCUCGGGGGCAGGAGGGUGAGGCAGCCCCCAAGUCCCCUGGCGGGGAGAAGUCCCCCAAGUUCCGCUUCCCCCGGGUGUCCCUAAGCCCCAAGGCCGCGAGCAGGAGUGGGGACCAGGAAGAGAGUGGAUUCCGGGUUCGGCUGCCCAGCGUGGGGUUUUCGGAGACAGGGGCUCCAGGCCCCACCAGGAUGGAGGGGGCUCAGGCUGCCGUCGUCUGAAGCCCCGGGCAGAGGGAGACCACUCCCGUCUUCCCAUCAGCCUCCCCCUUGUUUGUGUGUGAGAUAACUAGCACUAACCCCAGAGGGCCGGGAGGGGGGGCGACUGACGGGGCAGGGCCAGGGAGGCCCCGUGCCCAGCUCAUUGGCAGGAGAGCCUGUAUCUUGCCAAGCCAUGUGAAUAAAGUAAUCCAGAGGUA